UGCAUAGUUUAAGUUUCUUUUGAAUCUAACCACCAUGGGUAUUUCUCGAGAUCACUGGCAUAAGCGACGUGCCACUGGUGGCAAAAGGAAACCUCUUCGUAAGAAGAGGAAGUUCGAGUUAGGACGUCCAGCUGCAAAUACUAAGCUUGGAGCACAACGUAUUCAUACGGUACGUACACGAGGCGGAAACAAAAAGUACAGAGCUCUUCGUUUGGACACAGGCAACUUUUCAUGGGGAUCAGAAUGUUGCACAAGGAAAACACGUGUUAUUGAUGUAGUCUAUAAUGCAUCAAACAAUGAAUUAGUGAGAACCAAGACUCUUGUGAAAAAUGCAAUUGUCACCAUUGAUGCAACACCUUUUAGACAAUGGUACGAAAGCCACUAUGUUUUACCGUUGGGUCGUAAACGAGGUGCUAAGCUAACUGAAGCUGAAGAAGAAGUUUUGAAUAAAAAACGUUCGAAAAAAGUAGAUGCUAAAUACAAAGCGAGGCAACGAUUUGCCAAAGUUGAACCAGCUUUAGAAGAGCAAUUCGCCACGGGUCGCGUCCUCGCAUGCAUAGCAAGUAGGCCUGGACAAUGCGGUCGGGCGGAUGGUUACAUACUGGAAGGAAAGGAACUUGAAUUUUACAUGAGAAAAAUUAAGAGCAAGAAAGCUAAAUAGAGAGAUGUAACUAUGAGAAGAAAAAGGCACAUCUCUCUUUUUUUAACAUUAUCUUUAUUAUAACUUUUGUGUACAGAACAACAAUAAAUUACAGUACAGGAGAGAUUGUACGAAUAUAAACUGAUAAA